UUAAGGAAGCUUCCGAACUGAGCGAGAGAGGACGGAAGUGGCGCCAAUAUAUGUUGAUCGAAGCCUGCCCAAGUCCUACCCCCUACGGGAAAGAAGUGUUAGGUCCGGGGGCGAGAAGAGGACAGAGCUCACAUGUUAUGCUGACGCUUCCAAGAGGUUGAAGCCAUGGCAGAGUCACACUCCUUAUCGGAUGGGACCUCUACGAGUCUUAAUUUACGCACAAACUGUCGCAUGAUACUAAACUUGCUAAGAGAAAAGGACUCGUCUGUUAUUUUCUCUCCAGAGCAGCCGUUGACACCGAUUACUGACCUUGCCACUGGCUUCAGUAACCUGACCACGUUUACUGGUGAAACCCCCAAACGCUGUCUGGACCUGUCUAAUCUGAGCUGUGAUGACCUCGGCCUUCAGGCUUUGGAUUCUCCUGAUAGGCUGGCAACAGAAAAGGUGGAUUCUCCAAGGUCCCGCUGUAUCCCCAUUGAUAACUUGUUUACUCCAGAACCUGUAAAGAAACCCAAAAAGUAUCCUAGAGGAAACCUAAACAUUGCACUGCCCCGACUACUUUGCAGCACCCCAAGUUUCAAGAAGAGUUCUGGUGGACACAGAGAUGGUUGUAAUAAGGAAAAUGAGUGUGAACCGUUUAAAAAUCCAGGUAGUGCCAGGUCCAUUGAGAGGAAACCCCCCAAUACACAGCUAUCCCCAACAUUUGGGGCGAAGAGUGACGUAUCUUUAGAGGAGGACUGUGAGAUAGACGUGCUCGGUUCUCCUAUAAGCGCUGUUCCAACAUGUGUGGGUGAGGUACCAGAAAACAAAGCCCAAAACCUUGAUGGCUUCUCUGAAUUUUUCUGUGUGGAUGAAGAUGAGAUGGAGAAUCCCUCGACGGCAGCUGGCAACUUAUCCUCCAGCAUGGCUGCCCUCCUGUCUGGACCUUUCUUGAAUCAGGAUGUGGAAAUCAGUAAUGUUUCUAUGAACAGAAGCCGGCUUUACCGCUCACCGUCUAUGCCGGAGAAACUAGACCGGCCCAUGCUAAAGCGGACAGUGAGACCGCUGGAUAACGAAACCCCUGUUAGGAUAAAAAGAAGACGUAGCGCAAACGGCACGGUACAGGAAGAGGAAGAAGAGGACAGCCGAUCGAGGAGACGGGGUCCAUCUCUGAAGAAAACGCUUUCUCUCUGUGAUGUGGAUAUUAGUAAAGUUUUAGAUGAGGAUUAUAGCCACAGGCAAUUGAUAGGAGAUUUUUCAAAGGUAUACGCUUUGCCUACAGUAACUGGAAGGCACCAGGACCUCAGAUACAUCACGGCGGAGACUUUGGUGGCUUUAAUUCAUGGAGAGUUCAGCAGUCUUGUGGAGAAGUUUUUUAUCAUUGACUGUCGUUAUCCUUAUGAAUAUGAAGGCGGACACAUCACGGGUGCCUUAAACCUGCACCGACAGGAGGAAAUGGUGGAUUUCUUCCUAAAGCAGCCUCUGGUGCCAACCAUUGUGCAGAAACGCAUUAUAAUAGUGUUUCACUGUGAAUUCUCUUCUGAAAGGGGUCCAAAAAUGUGUCGAUUAUUAAGAGAAGAAGAUCGAGCUAGGAACGAGUACCCGUGUCUCCAUUACCCAGAGCUUUACCUACUCAAAGGAGGAUACAAAGACUUUUUUCCGGAGUACACGGAGCUGUGUGAGCCGCAGAGUUACUGCCCAAUGCAUCAUGAGGAUUAUCGCGAGGAGCUGCUAAAGUUUCGCACAAAGAGCAAGUCGUGGGCUGGAGAUCGCAGGAGGAAGGACCAGAUUGCACGUUUGAUGAAGCUUUAGUGCGAGUGUUUCUCACUUUCUGAGAUAAAGCAAUGUACAUGUGCAAUGGGAAAGAUGGAUGUUACCCAUGUAAACAUAUUAAAAGUGUCUUAAGAAAAUAUUGGGCAUUUCUAUAUAUCUAUACAUAAUAGUGGAUUUUUUUUACGUCACCUGUGCCAUUGUAACUGUGAAUUUUAGUAAUUGUACUACAAUCUAAAAAGUGUGAAAGGAUGUGCAUCAAUGUAUCCUUUUUUAUAUAGGACUAUUAAGGUAAUCUUCCGAUAAACACUGCCUGCUGUGUUUAAACAAUGUAGUCUUCUCGGUUUUAACCUGUGUUAAAUCAGCCAGAGCAAAUUCUCAGCGCCCUUAGAUGGUAACUCGGAUGGCUUUCCCAUCAAAGCAAGGACAAGCUGGACUUUAAAAGGUUUUUGGAGAAUAAUCCAGUUCUCUGUAAUUGUCACAUUUGGCUAAUCUUAGGCCAACUUGGCCUUUAGGGGAUAAAUGCCCCUUAAGAGCUCUAUGUACCUGGAAGAAAACACACUAAUAUGGACGACUCUCAAGACGACCACAGAAGUGCUUUUAAAAUCAAAUUGAAAAUAGUCACAAUUCAAUUAAACUGGGCAUUCAGAACAUUUUCCGAGUGACUUUUUAGAUUUGUUUGGCUUGUAUAAAUUAAUGUACAAAUGUAUCCACUAGGUGGUGCUAUCUUUGUGGUAUAAUAUCAAAUGUAUGCGCAGUCCUUUUAUAUAUGUAAGUAAACAUUUUGACUGGCAGUCCUAUUUGUUUAGUUUUCUUUUUCCUUCCUUAUGCCAAACAUGAAGGAGCUUAACAAAAAAAUAGUGUGUCCUCUUGGUUUCAGAGCUAUCAAACUGGCAUCAAUAACUGAAUUAAAUGAAUUACGUUUUGAAGUA